CGGGCUGCUGCUGCUGCCGCUCAACACGGGAGCGAGUCAUGAUGACGUCCAGCGCCACAGACGGCCACUGGGGCUCCGGCCGGCCGACUAAGCCGCUGUUUCACCGGAUCCCGCUGCCCACCGGUCUGGAGCGGACCCUGGAGGACCUGGCGAGGGAAGUGCUCCGCAAACAGCCGGAGGAUAUCCAUCGCUUCUGUCACCAGUUCUUUGAGCACAGGCUCAAGGAGAGGGAGGAUCUGCGCAACAAGCCGGUUCUGCGCGGCGCUCCGACGUCACAGUCGGAGGAGGUACUGCAGGAGGUGGAUGAGGACGAGACGGCCGGAUCGCUGCCCUCCACCGGCGACAGGGCCGCGCAGGAGCGCCACGAGGAGCGAACCCGACAGGCAGCGCUGCUGGUGGGCGCCCUCAGCGCCGCGGCCGCCGGCGCUGUCACCGUGGGGGCCGUGGCCGGCUCGGUCCGCGCCGCCGAGGCCCGGCUGUCAGCCUCUGCCGAGCCAGAGGCCACAGAAGGCGCCGAGACUGCCGACGACACGCCGGAGGACCGGGAGGACGCCAGUGCAGGUGGCGCCACCGCGGCGGACGGCGGUGAGGGCGCCACCGAGGCGGCGGAGGAAGGUGGCGCCACCUCUGACGCCGACGAGCGGCCGGGGUCGGCGGGGUCGGGAGCCGGGUGGGCCGCUGCCGGAGCCGCUGGGCUGGCGGCCGCCGCUGGAGUAGGUGGUCUCGCUCUUGCCUCGGUGGUUCCCGGCUCUGAGGCACCAGAAGCGGUCAAAGACGAGGAGGAGGAGGAGGAUCAGAGGGAUGGCGGUCACGGAGAGGCCGAAGCAGCGGAGCAGGGUGAAGAAGAAAAGAAAGAGGAAGAGGAGGAAGUCCAGGAACAACCAGGGGACGAGCCAUCAAUGGAUCUCGUCCGCACUCUGCUGCAGAAGAAUCUCGUCCUCAAUCUGCCAAAGAAGGAUCUCGUCCUCAGUCUGCUGCAGAUGGAUCUCGUCCGCACUCUGCUGCAGAAAAAUCUCGUCCUCAAUCUGCCAAAGAAGGAUCUCGUCCUCAGUCUGCUGCAGAAGGAUCUCGUCCCCAGUCUGCUCAAGAAGGAUCUCGUCCCCAGUCUACCAUGGAAAAAUCUCGUCUGCAAUCUACUGCUGCAGAGGGAUCUCGUCCACAGUCCGUCGCUGUAG